AUGUUGUCUGAGGAAGCUGAUGAUUGGUUGGAUAACGCCCGUCAAAGGUUGAAAGUUGUUGGCGCUGAGAUUACUUGGGCGGUAUUUAGGAUUGCAUUUCAGAAAAAGUAUUUUCCUGCACGUGUGCAUUGCAAGAAAGAGAUAGAAUUUUUAGAGCUGAAACAAGGGAAUUUGAGACUAGAUGAGUAUGCUGCCAAAUUUGAAGAGUUGGUAAAGUUUUAUUCUCACUAUAAUAAUGCAGUUGUUGAAGAAUCCAAGUGUAUCAAGUUUGAGAGCGGGUUGCGUCCCGAGAUUAAACAAGGAAUUGGUUAUCAAGAGAUUUGUAGGUUUCCCAUUUUAGUGAACAAGUGUAAGAUCUUUGAUGAAGACUGCAGGGCUAGGACUGCUCAUUACAAGAGUCUUAGUGAUAAGAAAGGAAGAGACCAGAGUCGUAGGAAGUCAUAUGUGACUUCAGCUGACAAGGUUAAACAUAGGGUUUCAUAUGGGAAGAAGACAAGUGAAGGAGGUGCUCUUACUACUAUGAAGUGCUGCAAGUGUGGUGAGCAGUUGAUUACUAUUAUUGAUACUGGUGCUACUCAUUCCUUUAUUUCGCUUGAGUGUGCUACAAGAUUGGGUCUGAAAUUAUUUUCUAUGAAUGGGAGUAUGGUUAUAGAUACCCCUGCCAAUGUUUCUGUAACUAAUGUGUUAGUCUAUUUGAGUUGUCCUUUGACCAUUUAUGGUAAGAGCUUUGCAAUAGAUUUGGUGUGUCUACCCUUGCACCAAAUUAAUGUUAUUCUUGGAAUGAAAUGGUUGGAGUUUAACUACGUUCAUAUAAACUAUUACAGUAAGAUUGUGAGAUUCCUGGAGUUUGUUGAUAAUGAAGAGAUGAUGUUUCUUCCUACUAAGCAAGAAUAA